AUUACACGAAUAACAAGCAAGCAAAAAGAUAUAACAGGUUGUAGCCAUGUAUAGAACAAUAAGGGUAUCUUCUAGUAUAAUUGGAAGACCUAGCUCACUAAUCCUAAGAAGAAACGCAUAUGUCCGCUAUAAAAGAUCAACAAGCACUGCACCAUCAUCAGCUAUCAAGAGUAGUAGUACCUCAUCAUUUACCAAAUCGUCACCUAAGACAGUGGUGAAAUCAGCCGCUAGCCCAAUUGAACAAUCACAAUUGUCAGAACCAAUCAAGUCAGAUCAACCCAAUCUGAUCGCAAAACCUAAGGACAAGCCUGAUGUUUUCCAACUCCAUGAUGCCCCCUUGGAUACUCCACUGCCUGUGACCAACACCGCUUCCCUGACUGCUGCACAUGUCGAUUGGUCUGACUCCUUCCAUGGACUUGGUUCACAGCCAUUUUCUCGUGAAAUUAUUGAUAUUUUAUUGGCACCAAUUGAGCCUCUGGAUAUUGAAAUUAAACCUGAUGGAUUAAUCUAUCUUCCUGAAAUUAAAUAUAGGCGGAUUUUAAAUAGAGCAUUUGGACCCGGUGGUUGGGGCAUGGCUCCAAGAAGUGAAUCUAUGGUAUUACCAGGACAAAUUAGUCGUGAAUAUGCAUUGGUAUGUCAUGGUCGUUUAGUCAGUAUUGCUCGAGGCGAACAAGAUUAUUUCGGAGGUCAAGAGAAAGUCACUACUGCUUUGGAAGGUUGUAAAAGUAAUGCAUUAAUGAGGUGCUGUAAAGAUUUGGGAAUUGCUAGUGAAUUAUGGGAUCCAAGCUUUAUUAGAAAGUUUAAGCAAAAGUAUUGUGAUGAAGUAUUUGCUGAACAUGCUACCACUAAAAAGAAAAAGAAGUUAUGGAAAUUGAAGACAAUAAAGGCUUUGGAUUAUCCUUAUAAGAUUGUUUAGAAACUUGUAAAUAUCUUGUGUAACAUUAAUUAUGAAAAAAUAAAUCACAUUCGUC